UAUCCUCUUUUAGCUCCCUCGCUUUAUUCUGCAAAUUCUAUGAGUUUCUUAACUCCAGUCAUUAAUAAUGGCGUUUACAGUUCCUCUAUUCAACCUUGCUCCAGAUUUGACUGUCUCCAGACUCUGUUUAGGAACCAUGACUUUCGGUGAGCAAAACACCUUGGCUGAAUCAUUUCAACUCCUCGACAAAGCUUUCAACUCAGGAAUUAACUUCUUCGAUUCUGCUGAAAUGUAUCCAGUACCCCAGCGUGCAGAAACUCAUGGCACAAGUGAGGAGUAUUUUGGGCGUUGGAUUAGAGAAAGAAAAGUCCCUCGCGAUAGUGUUGUUUUUGCCACUAAGGUCAGUGGACCAUCUGGACAAAUGUCUUGGAUUCGAAAUGGACCAGAAAGCGUGGAUGCUCGGAACAUAACUGAGGCUAUUGACAAUAGCCUGUUGCGUGUAAAGACGGACUACAUUGACUUGUAUCAAAUUCACUGGCCUGAUCGCUAUGUUCCUAUGUUUGGAGAAACUGACUAUGAUCCCCUACGACAUUAUACUCCAGUAUGUUUCGAGGAACAACUUGAUGCUCUAGAAAGAGCUGUUGAUGCUGGUAAGAUCAGAUACAUUGGCCUUAGUAAUGAAACACCAUAUGGCAUUAUGAAGUUCCAACAAGUUGCCAAAAGUAGAGCAGGGAAUCUUCAAAUAGUGUCUGUUCAGAAUGCGUACAACUUGUUAUGUCGAAAUUUUGAUUUAGCUAUGGCCGAAUGCUGUCACAAUGAGAGGAUAAGCUUGUUGGCAUACAGCCCUCUGGCCAUGGGCAUACUUUCUGGGAAGUACUUUGCCGAGGAUGGUGGUCCACCUAAUGCUCGUUUAAAUCUGUUUAAAGGGAGAUAUAAGGAAGGGGAGUCCAGAUAUGACCUGUCAAAAUCUAAUGUUUUAUAUGCUGCCAAAUCAUACCUAGAGAUUGCAGACAGAUAUGGCAUUCAUCCAGUUUCUCUUGCAAUUGCCUUCAUUAUGAGACACCCUCUCGUGGCUAGUGUUGUUUUUGGAGCCACAAAAGUUUGGCAGCUUGAAGAGGUUCUUGCUGCAUGUAAGGUCAACAUCAGUCCUGAGAUAAUUACCGAGAUCAACAAGGUCCACUCGAGGUUUCCAAGCCCUUGUCCAUAAUCAUAUCAACGUCCCUGCUCGUAAAGAGGCAAGUUAAAAUGUACUACUGCUGCAGAUUAUGAUUUCUGGAUAGAACAUUAGAACUUGAUCAUUGAUAACUGAUGGAGAUAUAUUAAUCUACCGUCAAACAGAGAUGUAAGAUUUUAACUUGAUUUGUUCAACAUUUAAGGUCGUUAACACUUACCAUUG